AUGCCUCCGUCCAUUCCCGAGACGAUGUGGGCAGCCCAAAUCACCGCAUUCAACAAACCGUACACCAUUUCAACGGUCAAUACUCCCCAGCUCCGUCCCAAUGAGCUCCUCGUCAAAAUACACGCCGCAGGAUUCUGUCAUUCGGAUAUCCAAGUGCGGUGCGGAGAACUCAACAGCCCUCUGUCCUUGAUUCCAUCCCAUGAGCCGGUAGGCACAGUUGUGCGGGUAGGGAAGGAAUCCGCCUCAAAACGAAAGUCGGCGAUCGGAGGGUCUCGCAAAAUAUAUGGAAAGCUGGAUCCGCGAUUUUGUGAUCACAGAGACAGAGGAGGCUUCAAGAACGACGGUUGUUUUGCCACGUAUAUGGUCGCCGACUCAGCGACAACAAUCGCUCUUCCUGGCUCUAUGUCCUUUGAACAAGGAGCGCCACUUUUAUGUGCGGGGGCCACCGUUUGGGGAGCGACCAACAAGGCGCGACCAUUUCUCCAAGCAGGUGAUCCGAUCGGUGUGAUUGGGGCCGGGGGGCUCGGGCAGCUGGGUGUACAGCUUGCUAAAGCGCUGGGAUACCGAACGGUGGCGAUUGAUAGCCGAGAUGCUAGUCUACAGCUUACGGACGGCAUGCCCACGGUGCUUUAG